CCAAUCAAAACAGUGGAAAUUAUCAGGUAAAUGAAGUGAAGGCAAAUUUGAGAGUUACGGUGACCGUUUGAUGUCAGUGGUGAUAGAGUAUAUAUAUUAAAGAACGACUUCUGAUACCAGUUCAAUCAGCGUAAUUUUAUCAAAUCAACCCAAUAAUCAGACUUUUCCUUGACCGCGGGAAAAAACAACAGAAAUAGAACAUCGGAAGCUGUGCUUAAACCAAACAAGAAAAGAACAACAAAAACAGCAGCAACAAAACGGCAUCGACAACAACAACAACGACAACAAUAGAUGAAGAACUUGAGUGUAGUGGUAGUGGUGUCGCUACUCGUCGUCUUGCUUACGAGUGACCAUCUUGCUUCGGCUGUUGCCACAGGCGAGACGCAACGACUGAGAAGAUGUGCUCGGGGAACCGACGGAGAUUGCCUUGAGCAGGCGAAGCGGCUGAUCAAACGUGCUGCACAUCUGGCAAUGCCUGGUAGAGUUAGCUUGGGCUGUGACACAAAUUUUGAAGAUUGCUGGUCAAAACGAACUCCCAUGCUUUUCGAGACGAAAUCAUACGGCGACAAAAGGGCAAUUGGUUGUGAUAUGAGCAAUCCCUAUUCAGAUUGCUUUGCGAAGCGAUCCUCACAAGACCUCAAUGCAGAGAAAAAGGCAAUUGGCUGUGAUAUGAGCAAUCCGUAUUCCGAUUGUUUCUCCAAGAAAUCUUCCGAAAGUAUGCCUUCUGAUAAAAGAGCAAUUGGUUGCGACAUGAGUAACCCCUAUUCUGAUUGUUUUUCUAAGAAAUCAACAGAUCAAAUGGAAUCAGAGAAAAGGGCUAUUGGUUGCGAUAUGAGCAACCCUUACUCGGAUUGUUUCUCUAAAAAAUCAGCCGUUCAAAUGGAAUCAGAGAAAAGAGCUAUUGGCUGCGAUAUGAGCAACCCUUACUCUGAUUGUUUCUCGAAAAAAUCAACAGAUCGAUUGGAAUCAGAGAAAAGGGCUAUUGGUUGCGAUAUGAGCAACCCUUACUCUGAUUGUUUCUCUAAAAAAUCAGCCGUUCAAAUGGAACCAGAGAAAAGAGCUAUUGGCUGCGAUAUGAGCAACCCUUAUUCUGAUUGUUUCUCGAAAAAAUCAACAGAUCAAUUGGAAUCAGAGAAAAGGGCUAUUGGUUGCGAUAUGAGCAACCCUUACUCGGAUUGUUUCUCUAAAAAAUCAGCCGUUGAAAUGGAAUCAGAGAAAAGAGCUAUUGGCUGCGAUAUGAGCAACCCGUAUUCAGACUGUUUCGCCAAGAAAUCGUCAGAGAAGAGAGCAAUUGGCUGUGAUAUGAGCAACCCGUAUUCAGAUUGUUUCUCUAAAAAGUCAGCAGAUGAACUGGAAUCCGACAAAAGAGCGAUUGGAUGCGAUAUGAGCAAUCCGUAUUCUGAUUGUUUCUCCAAGAGGGCUCUGAAAGUGUUCAACACGAAGUUUCUUGACAACAAGAGAGCUGUAGGUUGUGAUCUCGGAAACCCUUGGGUGGACUGCUUAAGCUAAUUAUUGAGGUCAAUAACGGCUAACGAAGUGAGCAAACGAAGACAUCAGCACACUCACUAACCACACACUUCUAUGUCGUCACACAAAACAACACUGAAACGAAAUCAGAUCUCUCAAAUUUGAAAACACGAACGGUGAUCAAAAUAACUAGAUUGAGUCGUAAAUCACAGUUUCUCUCGGCGCUAAGAUUAAACCAUAAUUUCGAUUUCUAGGCCAUACACAGAAAUACAUACAACACCUGUACAUGUACAAAUACAAAAUGCGCAAAUGUUAUAAAUUCACCACUAGUGAUAAAUUAUUCUGCAUUGAAUUGAUGAUUUAUUGAACCCAAAUCCACUAUUUGUAAACAAGAGGUGAAUCGUGAACAGAUUAGCUGAGAUUUAUCAUCAA